GAUCACUGGGAGGACGAGCAGGGUGCUCCUGUGAGCCGGGAGCUGCUGCUGCUGGUGCUGCAGGGGCUGGAGGGCAUCUUCAUCCGGGCGGUGUAUGACGGGCGCAUGGCCAGCGUGGGGCUCAGCGACGUGGCCAUGGACAUCACCAGCACUGCAGACACCAGCCUGGGGCCGGCUGGGGAUGUCGAGGAGUGCAGGUGCCCUGUGGGCUACACGGGGCUGUCGUGCCAGCGCUGUGCCCCCCGUUUUGAGCGGGUGACGAGGGGACCCUACCUGGGGAUCUGCUCUGGCUGUGGCUGCCACGGCCACUCCAGCACCUGUGACCCCGUUUUUGGGCACUGCUUGAACUGCCAGCACAACACGGAGGGUCCCCAGUGUGAGAAGUGCAAGCCUGGCUUCUUCGGCGAUGCCACCAAGGGCACAGCCACCGCUUGCCACCCUUGUCCCUGUCCCUACACAGAACCAUCUCGCAGGUUCUCGGAGUCCUGCUUUUUGGACACAGAUGGCCAGGCCACCUGUGAUGCCUGCGCCCCUGGAUACGCUGGUCGCCGUUGUGAGAGGUGCGCCCCAGGCUACGAGGGAGACCCCAUCCAGCCGGGUGGCAAGUGCACCCCGAUUGGCCAGGAGCUCAUCAAGUGUGAUGCCCGCGGGGGCCAGGACGAGGCGGGUGGCACUUGUCGCUGCAAGAUCCCCUGA